AUGUUUGAUUUAGGCCAAUACUUGAGUAUUUUUAUUAGAGAUGAGUUGAUCACUUGGCAUUAUAUAAGUCAAAAACACACUAAUGAACAUCUACUUAGACAAAAAAUUUUAGAAACAGUUGAUCAAAUUGUUAAUAAAGCAAAGAUGAUAGGAAAUGUUGACAAUAAUAAUCAUGAUAAGCAACAGAAUGGCAACAAGUCAAUAUAUAGUCCAAUUACAAAUUUAAUAGCAAUGGCAAGCAAUCCACAAUAUUUGGCAAAUAUGGAGGUGAUAUGGAUGCAAUGGUUAUAA